GGUAUAUUGAUCCCAUGUACAUAUCCACAAACGAGUUUACAAUAAAAAGUGAUAUCUAUAGCUUUGGUGUUAUCCUCUUUGAGCUCAUCACGACCAUUCACCCACACCAAAACUUGAUGGAAUAUGUUAACCUCGCCAGUAUGAGUCCAGAUGGCGUUGACGAAAUACUUGACACUCGGAUUGUUGGAACAUGCAACCCCAUAGAAGUGAGGAGUUUGGCCAAAAUAGCUCACAAAUGCUUACACAAAAUACCUAGAAAGCGCCCUUCAAUAGUAGAGGUGUCACAGGCUAUUUUAAAGAUAACGAAUGGGCGUCUCGUUAAAGAAGAUACCAUGUCUCUAGUUGGAGAAGAUCUUUCAAGAGCAAUGAGCCGGAUAGAAACUCAGCAACUGGAGUUGAGGAAGAUGACUAGCAUCGAUGAAAUUUAAGAUGAACAUUUUUCCUCUUAUGUUA